AUGGCGCAAUCUCAAUCUACCCUUGCUACUAGCAAGUCUACCCUCACUACCAGCAAGCUGGUUACUCCUGUCAAGGUGGCAAGAAAUGUCUCCACCACCAAGUUUGUCAUUCCUGAAAACAUCAUCGACAAGGACGCUCUUAUAUCCUGUCCUGUCCUCCUCCUUCCGCCGGAGUUGACUCUUCGCAUCAUUGAGGAAAUGGACGAUGACGUCGACCGCCUUUGUGUUGGUCUUUCGUGCCGUCGCCUGCUACAUGUUGUAAAUCAGUUCAAAAUUCAAGUUCCCAGCAUGAAGUACAGUCGCAAAAUUGCCAACAUCCCAAUGGGCGACAAGCUUGCCUUCUCCAUGAUGAAGCGCGUCUAUCCGCUGGAUUUCAAGGGGGAGCCUCGAGCUGAUGCUGCCCUUUGUGCAGCCUGCUUCAAAUGGAUCAAAAAGGUUCACAGCGUCAAGGUCGUAACUGACAAUGGUAAGAGGGAGACCAUUCACUCACAGGUGGUUUCAUAUACGGGAAGAAACUCAGAAGAGACGGCGGGAAUCUUUUUCGAAUGCGCCAAGUGUGUCGCGCAGGAUGGACGGCCCCAGCAGGAGAGAAAUCGACAGAUGACUGUCUACAAGAUGCUCGCCAUCGCGGAGCCAAACAACUUUGGCUCGGUCCCAGUGUGGACGAGUCGUGUCAACAUCCAUAAGGGGAGGGAGGUCGACCCCGUGAGCUCGUUCUAA